AUGAGUAGCCGCCGACGCCGGUCGGCUGUAACGAUAGAGUCGGUGACCGAAGCSUACAAUAAUUACAUACAUUUGCGUAAUAAAGGACUGUUGGGAGUCGGUGUCGGCGGCAAUGGCGGUGGUGGUGGCGGUGGCCAAACAACGGACCGCAAGUUUUCCACAUCGUAUACUAGUAUCAGAAACUAUARGCACAAGAAAGCCGUCUAUAAGUUUCUUGAGCGGCCGGCCGGCCGACUCGGUCAGGUCUAUCAUUUUUGUAUACUUGUCCUUAUAGUUGCCUGUCUAUCGUUGACCGUAGUGUCCACUUAUGAUGAGCUGCCUAUAUCAUCAAACGAGACACUGUUGUUGGCCGUCGACAUAACCAUAACUGUUAUCUAUGUCACGGAGUUUACCCUAAGACUAUGGUCAUCCCAGUGUGUGUCCCGUUAUCGUCACUGGACAGGUCGGCUACGAUUYCURAUGAAUCCGUUUCGUUUGAUCGACACUGUCAUCAUUGUCACUACACUGGCGAUGAUUGUCUUGUACUCAGUUGAUACUACUACUUGUCGUAGUAGUAAAUCGUGGUUAAGUAGUAUCCGAUUCUUUCAUUCGCUGAUUACCAUUGGUAUGACAUUCAGACUACAGCGCCGUAUCAAACCCUGGACUGUAUUGGCGUCGGUAAUGUCGGCUCAGAGAAAACAGUUGUAUAUAACAAUUUAUAUACAAUUUCUGGCCCUAUUGUUCACAUCGUUUUUGUUAUAUUACGUGGAAAAGGAGGCCAACCCUAAGUAUAACAAUCUGGGACAGAGCCUAUGGUAUACCAUCAUUAGCUUAACAACAAUAGGCUAUGGCGACAUAUAUCCGGUAACACCGAUUGGUAGAGUAUUGGCCGCCGUUUGCUCGAUAAUAGGUGUAUCCAUAUUUGCCUUACCGGCCGGCAUAUUGGGCACCGGAUUGGCACUGAAGAUAGAGGACGAACAACGGCACCGGCAGCUAAACAAACGGCGAAUACCGGCUGCAAAACUUAUUCAAACACUGUGGAGAUGUCAUAACUAUCAACGAUAUCUGUCAGCUAUUAAUGGCACGAAUGUUGUGGUCGUCAUCAAUGUUGUCGGCAAUGAUGUCGACGAUAAGGACAACAACGCCUACGACAAGGACUACUACACCAAUUGGUGUCGGCUAUCGCCGGAUCUCUACAACAAACAUAAUGGUCAUCACCGACAACAACAACAACAACAGCGACAGUUGAAGACGGCUGCCGAGCGUACGGCCAUUGAAUUCAUUGUACGUGUCCAGUAUCUGGUAGCCCGUCGGCAGUUUGCCAAUGCCCGCAAACCGUACGACGUCAAGGACGUACUGGAACAGUACUCGAGCGGCCAUCAGGAGCUGAUGGUACGGGUAAAGUGUAUCAGUCAGCGAUUGAUGGCCAUCGACAGAUGGAUGAAACCAUCGUCAUCGCCGCCGCCGAUAGUAAAGUCCAACGAUGACUGCCCUGAGUUGUUGUUGUUGUAUCGGGAAAUUGAUAACCGUUUUGACCGAUUGGAUACCAUAUUGAACAAUAUGACACAUACAUUGAAUAAUAUACUGAGAGCACAGUUAGCUAAUAUGUUAACAGAUCCACGUGCCGGCUAUUUACUAUGCAAUAGACCGGAACUAUUUGUGGUACUAAUGUUWGYCUAUUUAGUAUUUGUUACMSUAAUUGGUCCCMAAUUGAUGAYAAAUAGACAACCAUUUCAACUGUUUCGGACACUAGUCAUAUACAAUGGACUACUAGUUAUARUCAAUGGCUACUAUAGCUGGCUAUCGYUGCAAUGGCUUGAAUUUGGUCAGAAAUCAUUGAGUCCAUACAUACCACCCAWGRGUUCAACRAUAGUCUGGACCAACCAUACUGUACGGGUGUUUGACUGGAAAAUGUUAUAUUUCUAUACAAAACUAGUGGAUCUGUUGGAUACAGUAUUUUUUGUAUUACGUAAAAAAUCAUCGCAAAUCACAUUUCUACACGUCUAUCAUCAUUUUGUUGUGUCACUACUAACCUGGGCAUCGGUGGCCUGGUGUCCGCAAACGGUAAUACUUGAACUGUUUUGCCUACUAAACAGUAUAGUCCAUACGGUUAUGUAUUUAUAUUAUUUAUUAUCAACAUUUGGACCGACUAUCCAACGAUAUAUACGUCUAUGUAAACCAUUUAUAACUGGWCURCAAUUACUACAGUUUGCCAUAUUGUUUGUCUAUGAAAUCUAUUGUCUAUUUAUUGACGGUGUAGUCAACUAUCCACCAGUUUAUAAAUGGUUCGGUGCUUUACAGCCGGUUGUCUUUUUGGUAAUGUUUUCACAGUUUUAUAUGAAAACCUAUACUAAAUCUAAAUUAAACUAA